CAGAGUGACACAGCUGCCUUACAGAGAGAACCAGUGGCAAUUUCAAGAAACCUGUGGAGUACUCCUUCGUAACUACAAGAGGAGCUUUUUAACCAGCUGAAUAAAAACAUCACUACAGAAGUCAAAAUGCAGUUGAUCUUCCAGUCCAUCCUCUAUUGCUGUCUGCUGGUGACAGUAGGACACUGUUCGGAACUUGAAGUGAAUCCAGAGUCCAAAAAGAGACUAAGCAUAUGGCUCGGGAACAGAUUGAGACGGGAUCUUGACAGUGUAUCAGUAGAGAAGACAGCAGAGUCUGAGCACUUUGUCAGACCAGAAGACAUCAGGGAUACUUUGCUGCCACAUUCCAGCACUGACAUCAAUGUGCGAACCAAGAGGUCCAAAAACUCAGCUAAUCAGUCCAGGAGACAAGGCUGCUCACUGGGCACUUGCACAGUGCACGACCUGGCGCACCGCCUGCACCAACUCAACAACAAGCUGAAGAUCGGGAGUGCCCCCGUAGACAAGAUCAGCCCACAGGGAUAUGGCCGCAGGCGUCGAUCUCUCCCCACACACAGAGUCACACUGAGGCUGGAGCAGGGCAGGCUGAGGCCCACGUGGACCACAAGUGACUCACAAGUUCACAAGCUGGAAGCUCUCCUCAGACGGACAUGAGCAGCACUUUGUGCAAGAGGAGAUGAGAACAAAAGUGAGGGAGGUAGUGUCCUCUCUGCUCUGUUCUAAAACACAUUCUCGAAAUGCUUCAGACUCUUGCCAAGUUUUCUCCAGCACCUCUUUUUCCAAGGCAGGAGGACUGAGUCAGAGCAAGAUGGGCUGCACCUUGGCUGAAUUUCUGUAAAAGGCUGCAGCUCAGAGAUGGAGAGAAACUAGAAGCUGGCUAACAGACACUGGAUGGCAUGGCUUGGAGCAAAGUGCAGGUGUUACUCUCUGGGAGAAAUGCAGAGUGGUAAUACUCCGUCCAAGUGGACACAUCCUCUGGCUUAAAGAGGGAACUUUAUUCUUACAUUCUGGGACUUAAACACAUUUCUUCCUCAAGGCCAGGACUUUGAUAAGUACUAUCCUCCAAGGAUUAAGCCACCAUGUUCUAAACUGUCAGUACUUGUAUGCACUUUUCCAUGUGGACUUUGAGUCAGAUGAAACAUCAGAAAAAGAUGUCUUCAUCAAAAUGCCAACAAGACCAUGGGCUAUGGAGUUUAUUAAAAAAAAAGUUUUGGACACUGUAUAAGGGAAGAUGCCUUAGAUUCUGUGAGAUAUGUGCCAGUCCACAAUGGAUUGAAAUAUACUUGAAAUUGUUAUUGUUUGUAUAAAACAUGUGCAAUCUAUGUUUGUUUUUAUUGCAGAUAUAUGUAUAUAUGAAUUCCUUAUUUAAAAUAUUAUAUAAAAGUUACAUUAAAGUACUUUUGCAGAUAGAACUAUUUUUGUACAGGAAGAAAUAUAUGGGCAUUGUAGCUAUUUGUCAUUUAUUCUUUUGCAAACUGUGGUAAUAGGAUAUCUGUUUUAUAGGAUAUUAUAUAUUUUUUAAAUGUGCUCUAUUUUAUUUGUUUCAAAGCAAUAACAUUGUCAUUCAAUAAAAAUUUUGCAAAAAAUCAA